GCGGCGGGACCCCCACCUGGAGAUCCCCCCUCCUUCCCUGCUGCCCGCUGCUGCGAGGCGGCCGCCCCGGGGCUCCCUCCUUCCCCCCCUCCCCGACGAGGCACCGGUUGCCGGAGGAUUCCCCCCUCCCCUCCCGCCACCCACACGAGUCGGCAAAUGAACUCGGUCCGAGCCGCCAACAGGAGACCCAGGCGAGUGUCCAGGCCGCGCCCGGUGCAGCAGCAGCAGGAGAGGAACAACGCCGCCGCCGCCGCCGGGGAUCGGGAUGAUGAUGUACCUGCAGAUAUGGUUGCAGAAGAAUCAGGUCCUGGUGCACAAAAUAGUCCAUACCAACUUCGCAGAAAAACUCUUCUACCUAAAAGAACAGCUUGCCCUACAAAGAGCAGUAUGGAGGGUGCCUCCACUUCAGCUACUGAAAACUUUGGUCACAGAGCUAAACGUGCUAGAGUAUCUGGAAAAUCCCAGGAUUUAUCAGCAGCACCUGCAGAACAGUAUCUUCAGGAGAAGUUGCCAGAUGAAGUGGUUCUAAAGAUCUUCUCCUACCUGCUGGAGCAGGAUCUCUGUAGAGCAGCUUGUGUGUGUAAACGUUUCAGUGAGCUGGCUAAUGAUCCAAUUUUGUGGAAAAGAUUGUAUAUGGAAGUAUUUGAGUACACUCGUCCAAUGAUGCAUCCUGAACCUGGUAAAUUUUAUCAGAUUAAUCCAGAAGAAUAUGAACAUCCAAAUCCCUGGAAAGAAAGCUUUCAGCAACUGUACAAAGGAGCACAUGUAAAGCCAGGUUUUGCUGAACACUUCUACAGUAAUCCUGCAAGAUACAAAGGAAGAGAAAAUAUGUUGUAUUAUGAUACCAUUGAGGACGCUCUUGGUGGAGUUCAAGAAGCUCAUUUUGAUGGACUUAUCUUUGUUCAUUCUGGUAUAUAUACUGACGAAUGGAUAUAUAUAGAAUCUCCUAUCACCAUGAUCGGUGCAGCACCUGGAAAAGUAGCAGAUAAAGUUAUAAUAGAAAACACUAGAGAUUCCACCUUCGUUUUUAUGGAGGGUUCUGAAGAUGCCUAUGUUGGAUAUAUGACAAUCAGGUUCAACCCUGAUGACAAAUCUGCUCAGCACCACAAUGCACACCACUGCCUAGAGAUUACCGUGAACUGCAGUCCAAUUAUAGAUCACUGUAUUAUUCGAAGUACUUGUACGGUUGGCUCUGCAGUAUGUGUUAGUGGCCAGGGAGCUUGUCCUACUAUUAAACACUGUAACAUCAGCGACUGUGAAAAUGUUGGACUUUAUAUUACAGACCAUGCACAGGGAAUAUAUGAGGACAAUGAGAUCUCCAAUAAUGCGUUAGCAGGGAUUUGGGUUAAAAACCAUGGAAAUCCCAUUAUCAGACGGAAUCACAUUCACCAUGGACGUGAUGUUGGCGUUUUCACUUUUGAUCAUGGCAUGGGUUAUUUUGAAAGCUGCAACAUACAUAGAAACAGGAUAGCAGGUUUUGAAGUGAAAGCAUAUGCCAAUCCUACGGUAGUUCGGUGUGAAAUCCAUCACGGCCAGACUGGAGGAAUCUAUGUUCAUGAAAAAGGAAGAGGACAAUUCAUAGAGAACAAAAUCUAUGCAAACAAUUUUGCAGGUGUUUGGAUUACCUCAAACAGCGACCCAACAAUAAGGGGCAAUGCAAUUUUUAAUGGGAAUCAAGGUGGUGUUUAUAUCUUUGGUGAUGGAAGAGGCCUUAUUGAAGGAAAUGACAUUUAUGGUAAUGCAUUAGCAGGAAUACAGAUUCGAACAAACAGCUGUCCCAUAGUUCGACACAACAAGAUUCAUGAUGGUCAACAUGGUGGAAUUUACGUACAUGAAAAAGGACAAGGUGUGAUUGAGGAAAACGAAGUUUACAGCAAUACUUUGGCUGGAGUCUGGGUGACAACAGGGAGCACUCCAGUCUUGAGGAGAAACAGAAUACACAGUGGGAAACAGGUUGGAGUUUAUUUUUAUGACAAUGGACAUGGCGUGUUAGAAGACAAUGACAUCUAUAAUCACAUGUACUCAGGGGUUCAGAUAAGAACUGGAAGCAACCCCAAAAUUAGACGCAACAAGAUCUGGGGUGGUCAGAAUGGUGGUAUUCUUGUCUAUAAUUCUGGGCUUGGAUUUAUAGAAGACAAUGAAAUUUUUGAUAAUGCAAUGGCUGGUGUAUGGAUUAAAACAGACAGUAAUCCUACACUAAGAAGAAAUAAAAUCCAUGAUGGAAGAGAUGGAGGCAUCUGUAUAUUUAAUGGGGGAAGAGGUCUCCUGGAAGAGAAUGAUAUCUUCAGGAAUGCUCAAGCCGGUGUUCUUAUCAGCACCAAUAGCCACCCUGUGCUAAGGAAAAAUCGAAUAUUCGAUGGAUUUGCUGCAGGUAUUGAAAUAACAAAUCACGCAACUGCAACAUUAGAAGGCAAUCAGAUUUUCAACAACCGCUUUGGAGGUUUAUUUCUAGCAUCUGGUGUCAAUGUCACAAUGAAAGAUAACAAAAUAAUGAACAAUCAAGAUGCCAUAGAAAAAGCUGUCAGUAGAGGCCAGUGUUUAUAUAAGAUAUCAAGUUACACCAGCUAUCCGAUGCAUGACUUCUACAGAUGUCACACCUGUAACACCACAGACCGUAAUGCCAUAUGUGUGAACUGCAUUAAGAAGUGCCAUCAAGGACAUGAUGUAGAAUUCAUUAGACAUGAUAGGUUUUUCUGUGACUGUGGUGCUGGAACACUGUCUAAUCCUUGUACGCUUGCUGGAGAGCCUACACAUGAUACAGAUACACUAUAUGACUCUGCUCCACCUAUAGAAUCUAAUACAUUGCAGCACAACUGAAUUCCUUUCAGAAAGAAAGUCCUGCCAUUCUAAUAUCGUAACUGUUAAAACUUUUUUUUUGGAGGAAGUUAUACUUGCCCAUUUCUGCAGAAAGAGACUGUAUUAAAGCGGAUGUGUGAGGUGUUGACACUAUGGAGCUCAACCUACCAAAAAAGAAAGUGGCAAUAUGUUGACUCAGGAUAACAGAACUGGGCGUUUUAGCAUUACUGUGUAAACAAAGACUUUGAAGGGACAGAAGUGAAGAAAAAUAAGCUGCAAUUUUGUACAGAUACCAACUUCUGAAAGCUGGUGUUUUUACAAGUAGCAUUGAAACGCAGUCCAAUUUGCAGUAGUACUAUUCUGUAGACAAGCAGCAUUCUUUGUUGCUGCCUUUAUGGACAUGGGUACCAAUUGCUUUUGUAACAUGGUAAAAAAUGUGAGCUAGCACUUCUGCAUUUCUUUUGAUUUUUUAACAUUUAUUCAGAUUGAGAAAUAUGAUUUUAAUGCUUUAAUCUCAUGUAGUUUGUUUCUAAUUUCAAGCAAAAAAAUCUUAUUGUACUUGAA